UGUGGUUUUCCCAAAAUUAUUUUAGGUCAACUACCGUGAAUCUCUACCCCCUAUAACCCAUCACCAACCACCUAUCUUUCGACGAGCAUUUCAGUCCAACCUGAACCAUUGUUUGCCUCAAAAGAGGGACCUUAAGAGGGUAGAGUCUCGGCUGGGUUCAAGGUGCAGGGGCCAGGGACAGAACUAGAACAUUUGGCCCCUCCUACAACGGAGGGACUGAGGCGGGGCCUUGGGCACUGGGAGCCACAGUGCUGAAUCCUAGAGCACAGGUGCACCGGCAUCUCUGUCCUUGUUAGCCUCUGCACCGCCAGCCCUCCGUGGGGCCCACAGCACCAUCAGCGCACCACACAGGGCAGUGCUUGCUCUGCACACGGCCAUGGGGUCAGUCCCCCGUGUGGCUCUGGUGACCGGGGCCAACAAGGGCAUCGGCCUCGCCAUCGUGCAGCAGCUGUGCCGGCAGUUCUCGGGGGACGUGGUGCUCACGGCUCAGGACGAGGCGGAGGGCCAGGCGGCCGUGAAGCAGCUCCAGGCCGAGGGCCUGAGUCCCCGCUUCCACUGGCUGGACAUCGAUGACCUGCAGAGCAUCCGGGUCCUGCGUGAGUUCCUGCGCAAGGAGUACGGCGGCCUCGACGUGCUGGUCAACAACGCCGGCAUCGCAUUGAAGCAUGGUGAUCCCACACCCCUUCAUAUUCAAGCAGAAGUGACCAUGAAAACAAACUUCUUUGGUACCCGAGCUGUGUGCACAGAACUGCUGCCUCUAAUGAAACCCCAAGGCAGAGUGGUGAAUGUGUCUAGCAUAAUGAGCUUCGCAGCUCUUAAAACUUGCAGCUCAGAACUGCAGCAGAAAUUUAUGAAUGAGACCAUCACAGAGGAGGAGCUGGUGGGGCUCAUGAACAAGUUUGUGGAAGACACAAAGAAAGGAGUACAGCAGAAGGAGGGCUGGCCUGAUAUAAAAGCAGUCCCAUAUGCAGUGUCCAAGAUGGGUGUCACGGUCCUGUCCAGAAUCCAUGCCAGGAACCUGAAUGAGCAGAGGAGAGGGGACAAGAUCCUCCUGAAUGCCUGCUGCCCUGGGUGAGUGAGAACAGACAUGGGUGGACCAACAGCCAUCAAAAGCCCAGAAGAAGGAGCAGAGACCCCUGUCUACUUGGCCCUUUUGCCCUCGGAUGCUGAGGGGCCACAUGGGGAGUUUGUUAUGGAGAAGAAAGUGGAAC